AUGCAUCUCACAGCGGUGGUCUUCAUGGUGGUCGCGACGGGCAUCGCCAAAGGUUGGGACUGCAGCGCAGGGUGCAACACAGAAAAUGGGUUUUGUGAGAAGCCAGGGAAGUGCAGGUGCAAACCCGGAUGGCAAGGAGAGAACUGUGAGCAGUGCGUGUCCUUCCCCGGCUGCCGGCACGGCGCGUGUGAGAAGGCGUGGCAGUGUGUGUGCGAGGAGGGCUGGGGGGGCAGCCUGUGUGACCGAGAUACCCGCCUCUGCUCCUCCGGGCCUUGUGUUCGUAAUGCCACCUGCAUAGAGACAGGGGAGGGCGGAUACCUGUGCAUCUGUCCCCAUGGAUACGCUGGUGAAGACUGCCUCCUGAAGAGAGGAGCGUGUCUCACAAACAGCUCUCCUUGUCAGAAUGGAGGCUCGUGUCCAGAUGCUGGCGGCUCAGCGGGUCCCUCUUCCUGUUCAUGUCCCCCUGGAUCAUCCGGAGACUUCUGUGAGCUCACGGACCGCUGCCGGCCCAACCCCUGCCUCAACGGGGGCAACUGCACCGACCGCGGCCCGGCCUUCACCUGCGUCUGUCCGCUCGGCUUCGCCGGUUCCACCUGUGACGGCGCCGGCCUCUCGCCCUGCGCCGGCCGGCCCUGCGCCGACCGGGGGACGUGCGUCGGCCGGCCCGGCGGCACCUUCCGGUGCGUUUGCCACAAGUGGUUCACGGGUCCCGCGUGCUCCCUGCGGCACGGACCGAAGGCCCGGCCCGCGCCGGUGGGCGUCCGGCCGGUGGACCACAGAGUGUUUGCGCUGACGCCUCAGCACUACCCCCUCCACGCUCACACCUUCCGGAAGCUCCUCAGGCCGCCCGAGAGAGACCCGCUGAAGGUCGCCCUCAAGGAGACGGCCCGCCCCCCCGGCGUCCUCGUCGCCCACGGCCAACUCAUCUGCUUCGGCGUGCUGGCCCUGCUCACCUGCUUGGUGAUCCUGGGCACGGCGGGCAUCGUGUUCUUUGGCCGCUGUGAGGCGUGGCUGGCCAACGCCAAGUACAGCCAGCUCGUUCGCCAGCAGAGGGAACACCUGCUGAGCGAAGCCGGCGCCGCGGGGCGCUCGGUGAACGUCAUCCUGCCCGAGAAGAUCCGACUCGCCAGCUUUGGGAGGCAUUACACCUCCAUCUGAAUAAAACACCUCCACCGCUUUCCCUCUCACUCAUACAUGUUGUUACGGUGUCCUAUGACUGUUGUACAGUUGUGUAGAUAAAGUGAGUGACGCUAAAAUAUAUUGGCAUGUAUAAUCUAAUGGACUAACCGUGACAGUGGAUUGUACUCUUUAAAUGUAUAUCUAACAUUUAACUACCAAUUAAACAAUCAUGACAUUAUUGAAUAUGUUCUACCUUGAUAGCUGAUGUCACUGUGGUGUUUGUUAGAGCUUUGAAACACGUUGUAUAAUCAUGGGUUGAAUGCCUAAAAAAGAAAAAGUAAGUUGAUUUUAACGGAGCGUAUGCAACCAUGACUACUUUUAAUCAAACGAGGUAAUCAUACAGAAUUUUAGGAGGUCAGGAGCUUUUUGAUUGUCUCUUAAUUUGGCGAUGGCUGAGCCGGCAGCUCCGAGCUAACGGCGCGAACAGAAACCGAAGAUCGGGCGCGAUGCUCCCGUGACGACACUCUCGGUGUGUAAGGUCGUGUUGGCAGGUCAACUCUUUGUAUCCGUGGCAUGACUCGUCGCCUGCUGUCUCAAUCCCAGACUCCUUCACGGUGCCUCGGUGUUCCCGUUAACGUUGGCGUUCCAGAGGUCGUGCGCCGUACGUCUCCCAGCACAGACGGUCACCGGCGUGUCGCGUCUCCACGACGAGACGCCUGCACUCCAGUUUGAGGGGGAAAGUUAUUCAUGACUGCUGAUGUAUGGGAAACAAGAAAAACACAUUCCUGUCACCCAGUUCAGAUAAAGUGCGGAGCAUAUUUAAUGUAACAUAUUCAAAUUCAGCAAUUGCUGAUUGCUUAAUUGAUUGCUUAAUUGCUUAUUUUUUAUGAUGCUAAGCCCCAAUUCGGCCCCUCAACGAUCUGUGAGAAGACGCUGUUAAUGUCUAUUACAAUUUUCUGAUAGGGUAAUAAAUAGUAAUAAAUACAACCUGUUUUCUCACACGAUUUAUUUUUCAGGUUGUAAAUGACAUUGUGCAGUGGUAAUAUAUGAAUGAUUUUAAAUGUGGCAUUUCUAGGGGCAGUAGUGAUUGUAACAGUUCUGACAAUAUUUAUUAUAGUCCGAGAAUAUUUGCUGUUGGGAUCAGGCCGGAUACUGUGUGUUGUCUGUUGAUUGUUUUUAAUAAAAGCAGUAUCGCAAUCAC